AAUCUGCUUUUUCAUUUAAAUAUAUUUAUAUACUCCAUUGACUCACCCUUUUUUUUCUAUUUUUAAAUAAAACCACCGACUCAUCUUCUACCCACACUCAAACACUCUUCACUUGAGAAAUCACAAUAAAAAAUAAAACAAACCCACCUUCUGUCAUCCUCUUCAACCUUAUUGUCUCCAGAUCUAGCCUUAAACCAUGACUGGCAGCAAGAAAAUCGGUAUUAACUCUGGCGCAACCAGAGCUUCUCCCCCUCAAACUGAUCCUCCAGAACAGACGGACCCCAUUGACAUCUUCGAAAAUCGAGACCUACAAGAAGAACUCUCUUCGAUUUGUAACCAGGUACCGAGAAGCUUUUCAAACCAAAUUUUUCUUGAAACUUCAGAUUCUUUAAUUCUAGGUCCUGUUUUCACAUCAUCACCUCCUUCAAAUUUGCAUGUUCUGUAUCCACAACCUCAUAGACACUUCGUCCCCUUCCAACUCGAACUAGAUUGGGAGCCUUGGCUUGGCAGAUUUAGAUCUUGGCCAACUAACAAAUCUGAUGAUUGGCCUUCUUGGGUUGCUCGGCUGGAAAAACCCUUUGGAAACACAUGGAAAACACUGGGUCUGUAUGAAUUUAUUCAGAUGACCACCUACCAGAUGUCCAUGGAUAGGGUUUUGCUUGGAACCGCUUUACUGUUUUGGUCUGGAAAUCACGCUUUAUUGAGCAUCCCGGGUGCUGAUUUUGAUACAAAAUCCAUUCUAGCCUCUUACAAUGCCUUUAUUAAAGCUAGCCAGAAACCAUCUGAAGCCCCAGACGUGAGAGAACAUACUGCAUUUCUACUAACCUUAAUUUGCAAGUUCAUUGUCUGUGUAGUUGGAAAAGGACCCACCAAGGAGUAUAUUAAUCUAGCUUUAGCUUUAACUCAUGGUAGGCGUCUAGCACUUGCUCCAUUUCUGCUGGCUAGCUUUUAUCGAAGCUGCUAUGAUGCUACCAUUUAUCUAUUCAACCUCUGUGGUGGCCUUUUGUGGCUUUUGCAGCUUUGGUUGUACUGUUACUUCCCAGCCUUGGGUCCUACUCUCAAGCCACUGCCUACUAAAGAAGUUCUUACUUAUGGUAUGAUUUACAAAGAUGCCAUAUUUGAAGACAAACCUGCUAAGACUUAUGAAUCUUGCUUCCAAUUUUUUGCUUCCUUCUCCAUUGAUAAACCAGACUCUGAAUUUGCUCCAUUUUUAAAUAGACAAUUUGGGCCAGACUGGUAUAAAGCAGAAAUAGGAACGACAAACUUCAUUUCAGCAUGGACAAACUAUGUAACUCCUCGAGAUCUAUUUAUAGGGAUUCUAGUGCCUCCUAUGUUCUCUUUCAACCACUACUUCCCUCUUCGCUACACCAUGAAAGGACCUAGUGUGGUCUCUAAGUACUUAGCCACUUCAAUGCUUGCUCUUCAAAAUAUAAACCUCCAAGACCCACCAUUCAAACCAAGCUGCACUACAGCAUACAAGGAAUGGUGGAAGUCUUAUUUUGUGCCAAAACCUCAGGUUGAUGACACAAUCCCAGAGUAUGUUGCUUCACGUCACACGUUGGCAAAAAGAAGGGUAAUAGCCAAGCGGAAGGCUUCCAACAUGGUGAGUCCUGAAACAGACAAGGCAUCCCACAAAGCUCCCAAGAGAGGAGGUGUUAGGUUCUCUUUGUAUUUUGAUGAUGAUUUAAAACCAUGAUUCAAAAGAGUUUAAUCUAUUUUUGUGCUAAGUGUGCAGGAAAAUUAAUCCAAGUGGGAUUAUACACUAGUAAAUAGUGUGCCUGCCAGUGGGAGGUUUAUAACACUGGCCGUGACCUAUAGAGGAGACGUCUAUUUCGUUCCCGUACUGUAUCCGUUUUUCGUGAUUAUACUUGUUGGCAUGCUAUAAGUUUAAUAAGAGGCACUCCAUAUUUACUUACUGAGUUUAUCUCAUAGUUUUCCUUGUCCACCAUUUCAAGAAGCGAAACCAAGGACGGGGAAACCACGGGAAGUGACGAGUUAGAAGGCUAGCCAUUUCGAGAUUUGAUCUAGAUUUUAGAAAUAAAUCAUGAUCGUGUAA